AAGACAAUGCUCCUCGGCAACGGUGGUUCUUUAAAACUAGUGAUUCCAUGUAACUUUCACUGUAAAAGUGGUCUGCUAAAAGCAUGCUUUGCGAUCGAUCUAGUUCACCCUUGUUUAAGUUUUCUUCUAAACUCGAAAAUUUUCAUUUUCAUUCUAGAUGCCGGCAAGUGGAAAAGAAUAUUAAUAUUCUUAUUAUGUAUAUGUUCUUGGAUUGUUCGUUAAUUUGUUAUCCGCAAACUUGUUAGACUUACAUAGUAUUUUAAUGAUCAAUUAUGUCUUUGGAAGAAAUUACAAGAAAGUAUUGUGACGAUAAAUUCUGGGAUCUUAAUAAAACAUGGAACAGUGAAGUGCCAGAUUUUUCAACAUGUUUUCAAGAGACUAUAUUUAUUUCAAGUUUCUGUAUUUUCUUCAGUGUUAUAUUUCUUAUUAACAUAUGUCAAUUGAAUAAGCCACCUUCGCGCAAUCCUCUUCCAUGGACAUGGCUUAACAUUACAAAAUUGGUUUCUACUACUUGUUUACUAGUUAUUAGUUGCAUUUCAUUUGGUUUUGUAAUUCACGAGCAGCUUCAGGAUUCAUCUGUCACACUAUCUCUAUUCAUUUCAGCAUUAUCCAAAGUUAUUUUAUUUCUUUUUACUAUUAGCAUAACAUUGAAACAUCGCAUUCAUAGAAUUGCUACGCCAUGGUUAAUGUCGAUUUUCUGGCUCAUCUUUACUUUGUGUUGCAUUGUUCUUCAUCGAUCCAUCAUUUUAAAGUAUCAGUCAUCUGGAAUGGAGUUUCUCAAAGUAACAUUUUACCUGGAUAUGGUGUAUCACCCUCUCAUAUAUUUACAACUUUUCCUAUCAUUGUUUCCAGAUAAGAAAAACUUUGCUUCAUUGCAUGAUAGGUGCAUCAUCGACAACAUCCCAUUUUUGCCAUAUAUAACUUAUUGUUGGUUUAGUAGUUUUAUAUACAAAGCUAAGAAAAAGACUGUAGAAAUCAAUGAUUUUGGAUUUUUGAGUGCCAAGCAGCUUUCAAGAUAUGUUCAGACACUAUUUUCAAGAAAAUGGCAGUUUCACAUAUCUCCAGAGAAGUUAAAGUCUAGGAGUUUAGUUUUGGCGUUGAUAAAAACAUAUUGGCAAUGGCUACUCGUAGCAUUUUUGCUAGAUCUAUCAACAAUCUUUGGUACACUUUUACCUCCUCUCUUACUAGACCGUGUUAUUGACUUUGUAGACCAUGACAAGUUUGCUUGGAGAGGUUACAUGUAUGCUGUGAUAAUGUUUAUUGUAGAUUUUGUGAAUAAAAUUAUUUUAAAUAAUGGAGUAGCAUAUUUUCUGCUAUCUGGUCUUCAAAUGAAAACUGCAUUAAUGACUGGGGUCUAUAGAAAAUGUUUAUUGUUAUCUACUGCAUCACGUAAGAACUUCUCCAGUGGGACAAUAUCUAGUCUGAUGUCAGUUGACAUUGAACGUUUGGUUUAUUUAAUAUGGAACCUAUCAUUUCUUAUCACUUUGCCAUUAAAAUUUGUGUUAACAAUUUAUCUCAUGUGGCAGUAUAUUGGGAUAUCAACUCUUGCUGGUAUUUCUGUGUUGGUCUGUCUAAUACCUUUUAGCUAUUUUGUGUCUCGGAUCAGCACAAAGUUUACUGAUAAGCAAAUGGGCUUAAAAGAUAUUCGGCUUAAAUAUUUAAACGAAAUACUCAGUGGAAUUAAGAUAAUUAAACUUUACGCAUGGGAAAUACCAUUUGGUGCUAAAAUAUCGGAAGCCAGAAAACAAGAAUUGAAGCUUAUAUUUUAUUCGCAGCUUUGCUUUAUUUUUUCCUGCAUUUUUUAUUUCUGUGCACCACUCAUGGUGUUAAUUGUUAGCUUUUCUACUUAUCUACUGGAAGAUAGCUCACAUACUCUCAGCCCAACUCGUGCUUUUGUUUGUUUGACUCUUAUGGAACAACUGAAGGCUGCCAUUUUUAAUCUUCCAGAUGCUGUUGCUGAACUUGUUCAGUGCAAUAUAUCUUUAGGUCGACUGAAGAAUUUUCUUGCAGCUGAAAAUAAGGAUUCCUGGCUUGUGGGGGAUGAUCCUGAUAAUGGAGAUGUUCUUACAAUCAAACAGGCUUCAUUUACUUGGGCAGUUGAUUCUGAUUGUACCCUUAAUGAUAUUGAGUUACAUAUUCCUCAAGGAAAGUUAGUUGCAGUUAUUGGACCUGUUGGAAGUGGAAAAUCCUCUUUGUUAUCUUCCAUACUUGGAGACAUGUAUAAAAAGAGCGGAUCAAUAGAUAUUCAGGGUAGUUUGGCUUAUAUUCCACAAGUUGCCUGGGUUUUAAACAGAUCGCUAAAAGAGAAUAUUUUGAUUGGAAAAUCUCUAAUGGAAGAUAAGUAUAAUAAAGUGCUUGAUGUAUGUUGCUUGAGACAGGAUUUGGAAAUUUUACCUACUGGUGAUAAUACAGAAAUAGGAGAAAAGGGAGUUAACAUCAGCGGAGGUCAAAAACAACGGAUUAGUUUAGCCCGAGCUGUAUAUCAGGAUAAAGAUAUUUAUCUAUUAGAUGAUACUCUCAGCGCUGUUGAUGUGCAUGUUGGCAAAGCAUUAUUUGAAGAUGUUAUUGGAAAUACAGGCUUGCUUAAAGAAAAGACUAGAAUUUUUGUAACUCACGAAUUGUCUGUACUGAAUAAAGUGGACCUCAUAAUCAGCAUGAAAGAUGGACGGAUUGAUGAAAUUGGAACUUAUCAAGAGUUAUUGUCUCAUAAUGGCUCUUUUACUUCUUUCAUUCAAGAACAUUCAAGGCAAGAUCUAGAAAAGAUUGAAAGUCCUUUGACUCCGUUGCUUUUGAACAACAAAUCAUCACAUGAAAAUGGUGCUGCUGGUGAUGUUUUGACUAAUGGCGAUGUUGAAAAGAAUGUGGAAUUUCGAUUAACCGAUGAAGAAAACAUGGAACUGGGAGGAGUGAAUCGGUACAUUUACUGGAAUUACAUAAAGAAACUUGGCUUUUCUCUGUCGUUUUUUGGUCUCCUUGGUUAUAUUCUACAAGUCAUAUUUAAAACUGCUGGGAAUAUAUGGCUUAGUAAAUGGAGUGCUGUCAGUCUCAGCAAUGUGAUACAGAAUUCUACUGACACAAUUUAUUAUUUGGAAAUAUAUGGAUCUUUAGGAAUUGCAGAAGCUUUAUCUGCAUUUAUUGGUAUUUUUGCUUUGGGAAAAGGAACAGUAGUUGCUUCAAGAAUAUAUCAUAAAAAAAUGUUGGAUAGUGUUUUACGGUCUCCUAUGUCAUUCUUUGAUAGUACUCCUAUGGGACGAAUCACUAACAGGUUCAGUUCGGACUUGGAUAUUUUGGAUACCCAGCUAUUUUACAAUAUUGAUGGUUGGGUAUAUUGUUUCUUUGGUACUUUGGCAGCAUUUUAUAUUAUUGGAAAAAAUGAACCCAUAUUUUUGGCUGGAAUUUUGCCCCUUGGAAUAAUUUACUUUACUCUUCAGCAGUGGCAUUUGAAUACUUACCGUCAAUUGAGCAGGUUGUAUUCUACUUCCAAAUCACCAGUUUAUAGCCAACUUCUCGAAUCCAUUGGUGGAAUCACCUCCAUUGAUGCUUUUAGAGUACAAGAAGACUUCAUUUCGACUUUUGAAGAAAAAGUUGACAACCAUAAUCUGUGUGGCUUCAAUAGGAUUAUCUGUAAUAGGUGGCUAACGUUCUUUUUAGAUACCAUGGGCAGUUUGAUAGUGCUUGGAUCUGCAUUAAUUGCAAUUUACAAUAGACAUUCCUUAACUCCUUCAGAAGUUGCUUUAAUGAUUUCAUAUUCUCUUUUAAUAACAGAUUCUCUGAAGUGGCUUGUCAGACUGAAUACAGAGUUAGAAAAUAAGUCUGUGUCGAUUGAACGAGUUGAUGAAUACUGUAAAUUAAAACCAGAGGCACCAUGGGAAUCGCCUAAUGACCAUAGUUGUAACAACUGGCCUGAUUUUGGAAAUGUGAAUUUCGAUAAUUAUUGUACUAAAUAUAGAGAAGAUUUGGAUCUUGUCUUACGAGAUAUUAAUAUUUCUGUGUCUGGGGGUGAAAAGGUUGGCAUCAUUGGACGAACUGGUGCUGGAAAGUCAUCAGUGUCUUUAGCCUUGUUUCGAAUAAUUGAGCCUGUAUCAGGAGCAAUAUCCAUUGAUAAUGUCGAUAUUACUAAAAUUGGAUUACUCACUCUGAGAUCUAAAUUGACAAUUAUUCCUCAGGAUCCAGUUCUAUUUCAAGGAACUUUAAGAUUCAAUUUGGAUCCCCAUAAUGAAUAUAAUGAUGAUGUACUGUGGGAGAGUUUAGAAAGAGCACAUUUGAAAUCUUUCGUGUCAGGCCUUGAUGAAGGUCUGGAGUAUGAGCUUGAUGAAGGAGGGACAAACCUCAGUGCUGGUCAAAGGCAACUGGUUUGUCUGGCAAGAGCUUUAUUGAAGAAUUCAAAGAUAUUAGUAAUGGAUGAAGCUACUGCAUCAGUAGAUAUUGAAACUGACAAUCUUAUACAAAAUACAAUAAGGACUGUCUUUGCCAAUAAAACUGUGAUUACAAUUGCUCAUAGAAUAAAUACAAUUCUUGAUUAUGACAAAAUUAUUGUGAUGGAAAAAGGAUCUGUAAUUGAAGUAGGCAAACCUGAGAAUUUAAUAGUAGAUACAAGUUCAAAAUUUUACAGCAUGUGCAAAGAUGCUAAGUUAAUUUAAGAACGUUUAAACAAUUUUGGAUUUGUUACAGAUUCUAAUUCAGUAUUAUAAAUUUCAUUUGGGUUGUAUUAAUGAAAAUAUAUUUUGUAUGAUUUCUCUAUUGUUGUCACUUAAUUUAAAAUUUAUAAAAUGAAAGUUAAAUAAUUAUAAAAAGGAUAAAGUGCCACCGUAUAAUAUUUUUAUCAUUUAAGAACAUAAGUACUUAGAAAUUUUUUUAAUUGUAUGCAAAUUUUGAAAUUUUCUUUGGUAUUUAUAUUAAAUUUUAUAUUAUGUUUUCUUCUUUAUUUGUUAUAUUAAAGUUUUCAGUAAUGCUUAAGAGUAAUUGGAGUUUCCUUGAAAUUCCUUGGGCGGUAUUGAAAUUAAAAAGUUUAAAAUAUUAAAAGAAUGAAUGUUGUACCUAAUGCAUUACAAUGCAUGUUUUCUUGAUAACAAAAACAAGCAAUACACAUGUUUUUUUUUAAAUGAAACAUUGAGCAAUAUGAAAUGUAAUAAAAAAAAGAGUGUGUUUGAAAUUCUGCCAUAAACUCUGCUUGUAAAUUUCUGUUUAUUAUGAAAUGCACAUUAAAAAGGUACCUUUGUUUAUAACAUAUCAAAGUAAUUCAUUUUAGUAAAACUUGUAUACUUUUAUUUAUUAAAAAUAAAAGUAUGCAUCUUUUAAAAGUAUUAUGUAAAUUCAUUUCAGUUACAAAUAACAUAAUUAACUCAUUUCUGUUGUAUUUCACAUAGCAUGAUUGUUUUCAACAUUUUGUGUUAUACUCAUUUCAAAGUUAAAUGCUUUUAAAAAUUAUAAAGUUGUUUUCAUGCACUUCAUGUCAAAUGUGAUAUAUUUAAUAAGUAUUUUGAACUAUGCCAAUUAUACAUUUAUUAAAUUUUUUUUUUUUUAGUUUUAUAUUUUAAAUAUUCCCUAUUUAUUGAGUGAGCUUGCAGAGUUUUCAAAUUUGUGAUAAUAUAUUUUCAUGCAUUUUGAAUGUGUGGCUCAUGUGUGAUAAACUCGCCUUUGAAAAUUUUGUAUGUUAUAAUGUUACAUGUAAUGUACUUAUUUAUAAAUGUGAAAGAUUCAUAUAUAUAUAUAAGUNUAUAUAUAUAUAUAUAAUUUCUAGAAAGCAAUAUAAAAUUCCUUCCAAUUUUCCCUUAAGAGAAAAAUGGUAAGUGUUACAUGUAAUAAAUGAGGGAAGGUGGUUUGGUUUUUUUUCAUUGUAGUAUUAUUUAAAACAUUUUUAGAAUAAAUAAAAUUAGUAUUAAUUGCAUUUUUCAAAUUUAAAAUCACUUUAAAGAAUUAUGCAUAACUGUUUAUUAUAAUACAGACAACAACAAAUGAUAUGUGAUGAUAAAAUUAUUUACAUUACAUUUCAUUAGAUUUUAUGGGAAGUACUUUUAAUAAUAAUUCGGUCAGGAAUUAUUUAAUGCUUAACUUCUGGUUAAAAAGAUUUAUUGCUAAAUUUUUUUCUUCUUUUUAUCGAAAUGGUUCAUGUUUUUAUGUUGCAGAAUAUUAUGUACAAAAAAAAUUGUUUUUCUUACUUGAAAAGCAUUCAUUUGUAAAUUUUUCUGUAAUUUAACUGUUGAGUGAAUUUUUAGUACAAAACAGCUGUUUUACUACAAAAGAUAAAUUUUCUUAGUGACUGAGAUGCCUUUUAUUCAUUGGUGGGAGAUUGCUUUUGGUGCUUUUCAUUAAAUUGUUAAAUUCAGUUAUGAUUGUUUACGUAAAAAACAUGUGACACUGGCAUUGAUACAUUGUCAUAUUAUAAUUCAGAUAGUAAGAUAAUAAGAUUAAGUUAUUAUGCAAAGAAUAAUAAAUGACUCAUUGGAAGUAAGUUUUUAAAAGACAAAUUUAAGGAACAAAAUGAGGUGCAGUUUGCAAACAUUAAAUGGUAAAGGCUUUGUUACUACCCAAACUUGACUUCAGAUUAGUUAGAAAAAUUAUGUUUCUGUAAAUUGCAUUAAAAUUUAUUUUCGAAAAUUACUGAGUAUUAUUUUUGCGAGAUAAUCCUAUAGUAUGAAUUUUCAUUUUAUUAAGCACUUAUUAUCAAAAGUUGUUAUUGUACUUUUGAGAUAGGGAAUAGAAGUAAUUUGUAGAACUUCAAAAAUAAGGGUUAAUAAUUGAAUAGUAUUUUAAAAGUAGCAAGCGUAUAAAAAAAAUUGUAUAGAGCAUGUUUUCAUUCCAGGAAUUAAAAAAUUAACUAAUUUUCACUCUUAAAAUAUUUAGCAUUUGUGCUAUGUAUGUGAAUUAUUCGUUGGCAAAUGGGCAAUUUUUUUUCUCUUUCUAAUCUGUUAUAUUUUACUGUUUGAAGUUUAACUUUGGAAUAUUUAUGUAAGUUUCUAUGGUACUUAAUUAGUAUUCAUGCAACUAAAGCUAAAACAGGUUUGCUGUUUUAUUGUUUAAGUUUAUAUAAAAUAUGGAAUAAAAAACGUGAAUAAUAUAAAGUUUUAGUUUUCAUAAUUUAAAAAUCAUAAAAUUAUCGCUUAAGUAAAUAUUGUUUAAAACUAAUAAAAAUAUUGCAUAAAGUGUGUUUUUUCAUACAAAUUUCUAGGUCACUUUGUAUUAUGCCAACCUUAAUUCUUUGAUUUCCGAUAUGCAAUUUCAUCUUCAUAUUUAAUAAUCAUUUUUGCUCAAUUUUUAAUUAAUUUUCAUUAUAAUUAUUUUUUAUUUAUUGUUAUAUUGUUUAAAAAUUUCUUAUUUUCAAUUUGACAAAUAUAAUACAUAACAUUUUAUGGUUUAUUAAAAUAUAUUUUUACUACUAACUAGUAUAGAUUCUUUUUAUUCAGCAAGAUUUUAUUUUUUGAUAUUUAUAAUCUCAUUUUCUUUUAACUAUUUUUGAAAAUUAUAAUACAUAUACAAGUAAUUAUUUAAUAUUUCUCGUACAUAACAUUAAUAUUUAAUUUAUUUCUGUUAUUGUUUAUUCCUAUUUAUUCUGCAUAAUUGCUAAAUGUUAUCUAUAGGUGGUGUUUAUUUACCAAUCUGAUAUGUAUUAUUUUUCCAUGAUGUAAAUGUAAAGAUUGUUGAUUUGUAAUAAACAUUUUUACACCAUA